AAAGGGAACAUGCGGAAAUGAGAGGAACGCAGCUGUCCGCCCAGACGUGACUCUGCGCCGGGGUCCAGCGGUGGUGAGGACCUGUCAGUUCUGCGGAAGAGGAGGAGGAGAAGACCUCCGGCUCGGGACGGACUGAGUCGAUGAAACCAGCGUCGCCGCUGCACCGAGAUCGAGGCGAUACGAGUCAGACUUCAUGUCUCAGGGCGACCCACUGUGACGUCACCCAGUGAUUUGUGAACUGGCGUUUUGAAGCCUUAAGCUUCUACAGAGAACUCUGAAGUGAGUGAAGAUGAAGUGCUCCGGUUGUGGCCAUACUGUUUCGGAGAGGACGGCCAAGUUCUGCUGCGAGUGUGGCGCGAAGCUGUCUGUCCAACCUGCGAACACACAGGAUGCAGAAAGUCAGCCCGGACCCUUGGUAGCAGACCUGAAAGAUGCAGACAGUCAUCCCAGACCCUUGGUAGCAGACCUGAAAGGUCCAACUGAGGAAUCAGCACCACAGAAAAACGUCCCACCUGUGGACGGACAAGAAUCCAACAAAUCCCCCAAACGACCGAAUGAAGAGACCAUCGGCAACCAAAAGAAAAAGAAAAAAAAGAGGAAGAAGAAGAACAAAAAGAAGAAAGAUGGCAACAUGUUGUCAGACCAAGAUCAAUGCCAAUCUGACGUGUCACAUGUCUCCCUGGAAGACGACCAGAGGAAGAGGAUGCUGGGCGGAGAAGGCUCUUCUGACAGUGACAGCUCAAUCUUUGCCAUAGAUGAAGCUCCAGACUCACUCAAAGAUGAGCUCUCCUCAGUAGAGAGCCAGCCUAGCUCCUUAGUAGCUAGCGGUGCUGUUGCUCCGUCUGAAGGCGCACAAGUCAUCCAAACUGAAGAGUCUGCUGCAACAGCAAAGCAGUUGGAAGAAGGCCAAGGUAACACUGACGAGGGAGAGAGCAACACACAGAAAUCCCUCAAGACCGCACCAGCCGACACUCCGACUCAACAUCCCACGUCAGAGGACAAGAGUGCGACUCCUCAGUCAGGUACAGGUAAAGGGAACAAGGCCUCUAACCCUAAAGAUCAAAAGGCUGAGAGAAAAAACUCAAAGACAGACUCACUCACCACUGAACAGCCUACACUGGACCAGAAUGCCAACGUGGAACCAAGUGUGAAACAGGUGGGACAAACCAAAGGUAAAGGAAAGAGUCUGCAGGAGCAGAAAAGGAAACAGACUGUGUCAUCUGAACAAAAGAUGGUUUUUGGUUCUCAAACGCCAACAAAGGCUGUCAGCACAGGCUCGAGUGUGGACCCGGAGGUGACAGUAGAGCACAUGGAGGUUCAGCAGUCUGGAAGUGGGCCGGACUCGACUCCAACUCAGACUUCAGACGCGGACAAGGGAACUAAGGAUAAAACAGAAUCCAACACCCCAGCUGACCCGCCACCCAGAAGGUCGACCAGGAACCAGACCAUUGCUGCACAUGACAGGCUGACAAUUUACUUCCACGCCGUGCUCUCGAAGGAUUUCAAGUUUGAUCCAGAUAAAGAUCAUAUCUUCAUCAGGGCUGGGUCUCACAUUGGGUCAUGGGAGGAAAAUGCGACUCUGCUGUCUGUGACAAGGGAUCUUGGAGAUGAUGGUUUUCUCGUUCAAGGCAGUUUGAUGACAAGAAAAAGCGAAGCCGUAUCUGAGUCGAUACCAUACAAAUACGUUGUCUACAACAGCAAAAAGGAAAAAUAUGAGUUUGAAUUCAUAUACAAGUUGGAUUCUGUGAAUGACAUUACCAACAGAUGUUUGUUUGUGAAGUCCCACCUCCUCAACGACGAAGGGGACUGGCAUCAAUAUGAUGACAUCAUCUGUGCCGAGCCGUCAAAGAACAUGAUCAAACGUCUCAAAGAAAAAAUCUGGCCUGAACAAAGGAAGAGUCUGAUUCAAGGCAGAGAGAUUGCUGGGAAAAUCAUGUUGACGACCAUUUUUGAUCAUCUCAGUAGCUGGAGUGAAACCAAUUUGAGAAGUUUUCUGAUCCAACUGAAUCAGUUCUUUGAGGUUUAUGGGAAACCUUCUGUCUAUGAGGAGAAACACAAGAGAUGGAUCUCCUUGAGUUAUGGAGAAGAUGAUGUGAGGAAGAUGUUAAAGGAAUUCAUGCUGACAAACCUGAUUCCUCAGUUGCUGCCCGAUGAAGCUGGGAAGAUGCUCUACGUUCAGGACGUCAUGAGGGCAGCUGUGAUCAUGCUCUAUGUGUGUAAAAAGCAUGGCAUCAAGCUGAAAGACGCUGAGCUUCAUCGGCUCUGCAACGCACUGUGUCUUCCCAAAUUAAGCAAGGAUGAUUUCCUUCAGUACUGGGCAGAUUUUUCAAAGGAUGUCUCUUUUCUGAAAAAUCUGCCAGAAAGUUUGGCGUAUCUGAUAAACGCUGUGAAAAAAGCGGCAAUGCCGCGAUGGAUUCUGGUGCUUCCACUCCUCCACCUCCUCAACGGCACUGCAAAGCCCUUCGAGGUACCAGCCCCUGGAAACUUGAAGUACAGCUCAUCCUGGGCAGGUUUGCAAGGCCUUGAAAUGGAAACAUACAUUAACAGUCAAGACAGAAAGGCACUGGUGAAUGUGAUGAAAAGCCACAGUCACUUGAUGGAGGUGGACGCACUGCUGGCGCGAUCCUGCUUGUUCCUGAUGACAAUCGAUGAAAUGAUGGAGUGUAUGGUCAACAUCAACGUUGAGCUUUUGGACAUGCUUCACGUUUUCACUAAUAAAGCUCCUCAAGAUGUCGGCUACAGUAACUUCCAGACCGUGUCUGAGAUUCUCUCACACAUCCAAUUGCAACUGAUCGAAGAAAAAUACAGUUAUUUUACUGAGGCUUACAGGAGAGAGUGUCUGGCAACAGCAGUGAAACUGUUAGACAAGCUCUGCAAAGGAGUCAAACCAGCGUCAUAUGCCAAGGACUGCACUGAUAUUCCUGUAGCCUGCAUGAAUCUGGUUGCAUCAGUCUCGGACUUUGUUCAAAAACAACAGGAGACUCCAGAAGGCGACAAAGGGCAGCAUUAUGCAAAAAACCUGAUCUCUCAGGCAAUGAUCAUCAUGAGAGGUUGGAUCAAUCGGUCCUUCAAACAUUGUUUGCUCAACAAUUCUCUGACAUCCCUGUACCGAGUUGAGGCCACAGCGGAGAUUGAAAUGUGGAACAACAUAAUCGCCGUCCACUUCAAAGAAGAAGAUUGCACAAAAGAAUGGAGACAGAAGUUUACAAUGGAUUUUGAGGGCAAGUUCAAACAGGAAUCUGCUCUUGAUCAAAUUGAAUUCUACUGCACAAAGAUAGAAGAACUCAGUGGUUCCCAUCCACAUGUUUCUGCUAGUAUUGAGAGGUGUGCUCUUGAGGCCGUUACAUCUUUGUGCCAGACAAAGUCUGAGGGCAAACUGUUUGAGAGGAUGAAAAUAAACUGGAAGUUUGGGAAACUCAUCUCAGCCAUUAUCCAGAAAUCAUGGCCAAGGAACCAACAUGGAAACUAUGAGGAAGAUGAAGAAGUGAUCCUUCAGCACCUCCUCUCCUGGACUGCAGCCAAAGACAUUUUCAAACUACAUGGCGCAGAUGAAACGCUGUUUCAGCAGCUCUCGCAAGAUGCCAGGGACAGAUUUGCUAUAGCCAUAUCUGCCUUCACAGCCAUCAACGAUCAACUGGUCCAGGGAAACAUUACGAUCAGUCUGGUCAAUAUCAUCAUGGAGAAUAGAGAUGCCUACUUAGAACUGCUGAAAAUCGAUUGCCUCUCUGAGAAUGAACAAUACAAAGAUAUUGUCAAAAUGAGGAGGCUGUUACAAUGCAGACAGGACGAAGUGAAAGCUGUUUAUCACGAGAAGGAGCUAUUGGACCUUUUCUUAACAAUGAGCCACAAACUUGAGGAGCAAAUGACAGUCUGUGUUGCCUACAUGAAAAAGAGACAGCUGGGCAACGUCGACAUGAUGCCGCUGAACCAUUUCAUGGAGGUUCAUCAGUUUGAUGAACUGCCUUCUGAGAUGGCUGGUGUUGUCACCUUCUUCGGUCUGGAUGAAGACAUCAAACAAAUGGCAGAGGGCCUGUACACCUUUAGAGACAGUUAUAUAUUCCAAGUGUGUUGGGAGAAACAAGCCAAACUCAGGGCCUCUGAAGAGAUUGACGACGAUGAUCCUAAUGACCCUGAAGUACCGGACAUCAGUGCAACACCACAAAUGAUACAUGAUGACAUUUUUGUGCCUUGCUAUGCAAAUUACGAAGGCAUCUACGCUUGUCUGAAGAACAGCAGUAUAAAGCUUGAGGAGGUCAACCAGCUCUUUGGAGCGUACAAGGGCAAGUACGAAGAGCUUGCACAGGACCUGGACAUCAUGUGCAGAGUUGACAAAUCAACCGACAAAAAGUGGAUCCACAGCCGGGUUCAACAGAUUGAGCAGUAUCAUGAGCUUCAUCUUGCCGUGGCUGCAGCUCAAAUCAUCAUGAUGGUCAAAGAGACGCUUUGUCUUCAAGGGGAUUUCAGGGUUCUUGAGACUCUCACAGAAGUUAGUCGAGCAGACUUUCAGAAAGAGCAGCUCAACCGGAUUGACAACGAGUUGAUGAAGGCAAAGAAGGUUCUGGUUGACAUCAAUGAGCCCCGCAGACUGUGCUUACAGGAGCUGGGACUCCGAGGACACUUUGUACAAUGGGUCAAGGAUUCACUUGAAGAUAUCAAUGAGUUGAAGGUGUUCGUUGACUUGGCUUCCAUCUCUGCGGGAGAGAAUGACAUGGACGUGGAUCGUGUCGCUUGCUUCCAUGAUGCUGUCCUUGGCUACUCUUCAGUGCUUUACGAGCUCAAACCAGACUCUGGUUUUCCUGCCUUCAAAGAAGUUCUGGAGAAGCUCUGGAGAGCUUUGGAGAAUGAUAACAACCUACCGAAAAAACUGCGGGACAGUGCACGACAUUUGGAAUGGCUGAAGACUGUGAAGGACAGUCACGGGUCAGUGGAGCUGUCAUCUCUCUCGUUAGCUUCAGCAGUCAACAACAAGGGCAUCUACGUGAUCAGAGCACCAAGUGGAAAAAUGUUGAGUCUUGACACCGCCUUGAGGCUGCAGAUUCUCGAGGAGCAUGAUGACGGUCGGCAGAUGCGCUGGUAUUCUCUCGAAGAUCUGCGGGAGCUGCAGAAUAAACUCAUGCUAAUGUCUGGGAAAGGGGAUCAAGGACAGAAUGAAGUUGAUCACUUUGCAGAGGUUUUUGCCAGUGUUCAGAGACUAGCUGAGGCUUUUAUUGCCCUCCACAUUGCUGGGAAUCCUCUGUUCAGACACUGGGAAGCACAAAUCAACUGCAGUUUGAGCAGCAAUGAACCUAGCAUUAUGAUGGACUUUAACCUGGACAGUGUUCUCAGUGCUGUCAUUGUGGAGGGCAACAUUGAGGAGCAGCUUCCUGACCUUUGCAGGAAAAUGGAGAAAUGCCUGGACUACUGGAUGGGUUUUGUAGACAAACAGAGAUCCCAACAUUACUAUCUAAACUACUAUACAGCCGAACAGAUUGUUUACCUGUGCAGCAAGCUAACUCUGCAAAAUGUGUCCAGUGUAGAGGACCAAGUUCUCAUGAUGCUCUCCUUUGUCAAGCAAAAUUGCACAUCCUCCGACCUGAGGCAGGUAUGGCAUGCACUCCAGUAUGAAAUCCUCACAAAACCACCUGAGCAAAAUGAGGACAUUGAGUUUCAGACCUUUGUUGUGGUGCCCAGAAAUGAGCUGGGAGACAUGGACUUCACCAGCGAACUGGAUCCUCUACCAAGUCUCAUGGAACAAACAAUUGGUUCCCAAAAAAUCGAUCUCAUAUGGAACACUUAUAUGAUAGACUUGAAGAAUUUUCUCCCGCACAUUCUUGAUGUAAAAAGUCUGGGGCGACUGUUGGAAAUUCUGGCUAACAGAAAAGAUGAGAGUGGAGAAAAUGAGAGUGAAGAAGACAUUUCAGAUGAUUACAUUGGGGAUUUCAUAAGGAGGCAGCUACCAAAAGGCUUGGUUACCGGAAGUCCUAACCUCAUCAUUUGCCCACAGGAUGAGGUCCUGACAUCUUGCAUAUCCAUUUACAUGAGUAGUGAAGGCGAGACUCUUCCCACCUAUGAUGAAGUCCUCCUGUGCAACUCCUCAACACCAUAUGAACAGGUGGAGCUUUUCCUCAGACGCUGCCUCAGCACAGGCUACAGAGGACAGAAGAUAUACUCUCUGCUAUAUGGAGAUCUGCUCACCUAUGAUGUGAGCUCUAAACUUGAGAACUUUUUUCAGCGAAUGAAAAUGCAGAGCAGGAAAGACUAUAGACUUGUUGUUAUCUGCUGCUCAGAAAGAGAACAUGCCUACCUCCCAUCGGCCUUCAGCCAGUACAGAUUGCACAUGGUUCCCCAGGAGCCAUUGGCAAGGAUCCAGAGGUACCUCCACACACACUUCAUUGUUCCAGCAGAUCAAUGCAGUGCUGCCGCUGCAUUCAAAGACCGACUGUGCGUUGGUGUGGUCUCAUCCAGAAGGGCUGGUGUUGGUAAAUCUCUCUACAUCAAGAGGCUGUAUGAGAAACUCAAGCGCUCAACCAAAAAGCCGUCAAUGAAGAAAUGCAUUCGCUUAAUUGAACCUAAUGUUGAUGAGAAUGUUGUCCUUCAAUCUCUGUUGGACACCCCCAAGAUGAAAGAACCCACAAUGUUCCAUUUUGACAUCACAUCAUCGGUGCAGAAAGGCCUCCACGAGUUUCUUUUCAAAUUGUUGAUUCUGCGCUAUUUGAUGGAUUCUGAGGGAAAGAUGUGGAAAUGCAGUGACAACCAGCUGUAUGUCAUGGAGAUUUUAGAGCCCACUGUCAAGUCAACCAGAAAUGCUACAUGGCAGGCUCAAACUGUGAACAGCACAUUCAUUGACGUGUUCCCAAAUAUUUUCUGCCGACCACCCAAAGAAGUGCUAGAGCUAGAGACGACGAAGCACGAAGAUCCUACCAUUGUGAGCACUGAUGAUCCAAUGAUGGAUGAUGAAGAAUUCAGGAGUGCAGCCUUUCAGCGGCCAUAUCAAUAUCUCACACGAUUUCAUAACCACAUUGAUCUUGAUGUGUUCACAUAUAAGGGUGUUGAAGGGUCACAUGUGGAAUGUCUUCAAAUGCUUCUCAUGUACUGCGGCAUUAUGGACCCAUCCUGGGCAGAACUGAGAAAUUUUGCAUGGUUCCUUAACCUUCAGCUGCAAGACUCUGAGACCUCUGUUUUCUGUGAUUCCACUUUCACUGGAGACACACUAACUGGAUUCAAAACCUUUGUGGUGGACUUCAUGAUUCUGAUGGCAAAGGACUUCGCCACUCCAUCACUCAGUAUCUCUGACCAGAGUCCUGGCAGGCUGCAGAUUGACCUGACUGGUCUCCGAGAUGAAGACUUGGCUCCUUUUCGAAUUAGAAAGAGAUGGGAAACAGAACCACAUCCAUACAUCUUCUUUAAUGAUGACCAUGUGUCCAUGACAUUCAUUGGUUUCCAUCUUCAGCCCAACAACCAAAACUCUGUCGAUGCCAUUGAUCCUACCUCUGGAAAGGUGAUAAAAAACAAUGUCAUGACAAGGGCAUUGUAUGAAGGAUUAAACCUACAGAGAGUCCCUUUCAACAUCAAUUUCGAUGACCUACCAAGAGGGGAGAAAAUCGAGCGACUCUGCAGUGUUCUCGGUAUCCAGUGGCCUCUUGACCCUGAUGAAACAUAUGAGCUCACGACUGACAACAUUCUGAAGAUGCUGGCAAUCCAUAUGCGGUUCAGGUGUGGCAUCCCUGUCAUUAUCAUGGGUGAGACAGGGUGUGGUAAGACCAGACUCAUCAAAUUCCUUUGUGAGCUGCGGAGGAGUGGCGUGCCCUCUGAGAACAUGAAGCUGGUGAAGGUGCAUGGAGGGACAACUUCAGAGAUGAUUUACAGCAAAAUCAGAGAAGCGGAAGACAUCGCUUUAAUCAACAAGCAAGACUACGGAUUUGACUCUGUUCUCUUUUUUGAUGAGGCCAACACCACCGAGGCCAUCAGUAGCAUUAAGGAGGUCCUCUGUGACAAGACAGUCAAGGGAGAGAGUUUGACAUCCCACAGUGGAUUGCAGAUCAUCGCAGCAUGCAACCCUUACCGAAAGCACACAGAUGAGAUGAUUCAGAGGUUAGAAUCCGCUGGUCUUGGCUACAGAGUUCGAUCUGAAGAGACAGAUGAAAAGCUUGGAUCAAUCCCUCUCCGUCAGUUAGUAUACAGAGUUCAAGCAUUGCCGCCAAGCAUGAUACCUUUGGUGUGGGACUUUGGACAGUUAAAUGAUUGCACAGAGAAAAUAUACAUCCAGCAGAUUGUACAAAGAGUGGUUGAAAACAAAGAAAUCAGUCAAAGUUACAUCAAGUGGAUCACAGAUGUUCUUUCAGCCUCACAGAAGUAUAUGAGGAAAAGAGAGGAUGAAUGCAGCUUUGUCAGCCUGAGAGAUGUUGAACGCUGCAUGCAGUCUUUUGUUUGGUUUUAUGAAAACCACGUCAUGUUUUUUACAGAGCUGGAAGAAUUUGAGAGUCAACUAAAUUCUGACAAAAAUGAAAGGCAUCAGAGACAGUCUGAGGACAGAGACCCAAUUUUCUGGUCUCUAGUCAUGGCUGUCGGAGUGUGCUACCAUGCCUGCCUAGAGCACAAGGAUAAAUACAGAAAGAAAAUCAGCAAAAGCCUGCCGCCUGUAUACAGCCCAGCAAAGAUAAUGCAGGAAAUUUCACUCAUGCAAGAUUUACUUUUAAGUGGUGUGCCUAUGGGGGAUACUAUUGCAAGAAACAGUGCACUGAAAGAGAAUGUCUUCAUGAUGGUUCUCUGCAUUGAGCUAAGAAUCCCCCUCUUCUUAGUUGGAAAACCUGGAAGCUCUAAAUCUCUGUCCAAAACUCUGGUGGCAGAUGCAAUGCAAGGCCAAGCGUCUCAUUCUGACCUCUACAAAAUGCUGAAACAGAUCCACUUGGUGUCUUUCCAGUGCAGCCCUCACUCAACACCAGAAGGCAUCAUUAAUACAUUCAAGCAAUGUGGACGCUUUCAGGAAGGAAAGAACCUGGAUGAAUACAUUUCAGUUGUGGUUCUUGAUGAGAUUGGCCUGGCUGAGGACUCUCCAAAGAUGCCACUGAAAACCCUUCACCCACUUCUAGAAGAGGGAUGCAUUGACGAUGAGCCGCUACCGCACAAAAAGGUUGGCUUCAUUGGUAUCUCCAACUGGGCUUUGGACCCUGCAAAGAUGAACAGAGGCAUUUUUGUCUCCCGCGGUGACCCUGAUGAGAAGGAGCUUAUCGAGAGUGCUAAAGGUAUAUGCUCCUCUGAUGCAAUGGUUUUGGAAAAAGUCAGGGAUUACUUCCAACCUUUUGCAAGAGCCUACUUGCACAUCUGCCGCAGACAAGGCAAAGGGUUUUUUGGCCUACGCGACUAUUACAGCUUGAUCAAGAUGACUUUUGCAGUUGCCAAGGCUUCUCAACGGAAGCCCACAGCAGAAGAAACUGUGAAGGCAGUGUUGAGAAAUUUCAGUGGCAGGGAUGAUGUGGAUGCAGUUGCUGUCUUUACCAAACGUCUACAGAUUGCACCAGACCUGGACAACAUCAGUGCCAUUGAGUUUGUGAGAGAAAACAUUCAGACAGUUGGACAGGAAGAAGAAUGUCGGUAUUUGCUGGUGCUAACAAAAAAUUAUGCAGCACUACAGAUCCUGCAGCAAACCUUCUUUUCAGAAAGUGUUCAGCCAGAAAUCAUCUUUGGAUCCAGCUUCCCGAAAGACCAAGAGUAUACCCAAGUCUGCCGCAACAUCAACAGAGUAAAGAUCUGCAUGGAGACAGGUCAAACAGUUGUGCUCCUAAACUUGCAGAACCUCUAUGAAAGUCUCUACGAUGCUCUCAACCAAUACUAUGUCUGCUUGGGAGGACAGAAAUAUGUGGACCUAGGACUGGGAACCCACCGUGUGAAGUGCAGGGUGCACAAAGACUUUCGGCUAAUCGUCAUUGAGGAAAGAGAGGUGGUGUAUAAACAGUUCCCAAUACCUCUCAUCAACAGGCUCGAGAAACACUACCUGGACAUCCACACUGUCCUCAAAGCUGAUCAGAGGAGGAUGGUGGAUGAAUUGGAGAGAUGGGUGAGACUUUUUGUGUCCCUCAGCAGCCAACACUUGGGUCAUACGUACAAGUACCAACCCGCAGACGUCUUCAUUGGCUACCACUCAGACUCAUGCGCUUCUGUGGUUCUUCAAGUGAUAGAGAAGCAGAAGGAAAGUUUGGAAAUCUCAGAACCAGAGAGGCAAGUACUUGAUGAAGCUAAACUCGUACUGCUCAAAUGUGCUACACCAGACUCUGUGGUGCGGUUGGACUGCACAGGGCUUCCUAAAGUAGAGAGUGAACAUCUGGCCAGUGUCUACUUUGAAGAGCAGAAUAACAACUGUUUGGCUGACAACAUUCUUGCUCACACAAGGCAGAAAAUCCAUGGCUGCUCCUCCUUCACAGAGGUGACAACAUUCUCCAGACUUUUGACGACAUCUGACUUGGAACCACUGGAGCAAAUGUUUCAAAGUAUUGAGCUUCUCUCACUCCAGCAGUUCGACACAGAGCACUCCUUCCUGAAGAAGAUCAGGAACUUCCUCACUGUUGAGAAUGGAAGCAGUCACAUUGGGCCCUGCAACAAGAUCCUCAUCAUUCAGUGUGAUUUUGAUGAAGCCUCUCACAGUGCCAACCUCAUUGCAUCUGCAAAGUAUUCAUCCAUCAACGAAAUCAACAAAAUAACUCAGGAGAACACAGGAUGCAAGGUGUUUUUCUACUUUAUCGUCAGACUACCAAGAAUGGAAGGAGGGACUUCCUAUGUUGGCUUUCAUGGAGGACUCUGGAGAUCGGUUCACAUUGACGACCUCAGGCGGUCCAAAGACAUUGUUUCCGACAUCAAAGCCUUGCAAAACAUGACAAUCAGUCAGAUGUUUGAAACAAGGUUGAGUAUGCCUGAAGCCAUGGAGGUGGAUGAUAUGUACACAGAGAAUGAGCAGCAGGGGGCAGAGUUUGAGAAAAAUGGUUUGGACGACGUUCUAGACACUACAGCAUUGCUGCGGAGCUGUGUGCAGAGUGCAGUGGGCAUGCUGAGGGACCAAGUGGAAAGUGGCCUCCGCAGCACUCGAAGAGUUGAGAUCCUACUGACGCUCCUCAGCGACAAUGACAAUAUAAUAGGGGAAUUUCUGCAAAUUGUGAAAAGGCAUCUUCACUCAUUGCUGGAGUUUUAUGAUGGCAACACCUCUAUUAUCAAAAGCAACUGGGUCAUCAAGGAGGCCUCAAACAUUGAUGCCUUGCAAGAAGGAGGCACCUUCAGGCACACCUUAUGGAAGCGUGUUCAAGCUGUGGUCGCCCCCCUCUUGGCGCAACUGGUUUCAGUCAUUGACCGUGACCAAAACUUGGACCUCCUGCUAGAUAGAAACUGUGGUGAAUAUGUUAAGAGGCUGUGGUUAGAUAUCUUUGGCAAUGAUAAGCUUCUGGAAAUCCCACAUCUAUCAAGAGACCAUAAAUCUGAGACGAGAACAAUCCUCGUACAGAACUACAUUGCCCAAGACAAGAACAUGAGCUGUAGCAUGCCCUUCAGUUGGAGGAUCAAGGACUACCUCGAGGAACUCUGGGUUCAUGCACGUCAACAUGAAGGCCACACUCAAAAAGAGUUUGACGAGUUCUUCUGGAAGACACCACUGGGACGAUACAUUGCGAAAGCAGACACAGAGAUGCAAACAGAGUUUUUUCAACGCUACCUUCAGGAUUUCAUCUCCAUGACAAUGAAUGUGACUUGUCAGCAAGAUCUGCAGCUAAUGUGCAGUGCCUUGAGUUGUUGUGUCAAUGAGCUGCGAGUCAAGCUCGGUGACACAGAAACAGUGACAUCUCUUCCAUGGGUCCAUGCUGCUUAUCAUGAGUUCAAAAGCCGGCUGCAGAACCUUUCCAGAAUGAUCUGCAUUGAGCCCAAGGUGACCCAGAGUCUUCAUACCAGUGACGGGGUUGAACUGGUACUUGAUGUGUAUGCUGCUUUUGCGUGUGUUGAGUACCUGGAGCCUAGAGUCCUGGACACAGACGCCCAGAGACAAGCCUGGCUCCGGCAGGUCAAAAAACUCCAGGUUCCCAUUGAGUUGAUCUGCUCCGAGGACAGUGUCAGGCAUUAUGGAGAGAGGAGCAAGGCAAUUGCAUGUAGAGUCCAAGCUGGAUGGAAUCGGAUAUUUUCUCUUUCUAUAUUUGUGGAGCACAUGUUUGGCAUCAAGGAGGAUGAAAAGAUUACACCUCUAGUUUUGGAGCAUACAAAAAGGCUCGGCCUGAUACUGGAGAAGAACGCAGACCUCAAAACUCAGCACUCAUUUGAGGCAGUUAUUGGUUUGCUCAAAACCUGCAAAGAUCGAGCCUUCGAACACAUCACCAAGUUUGGUCUUACAAUGUGCCCAGUGUGUAUGGGCGACCCCCAAAAUCCACUCUGCCUCCCAUGUGACCACAUCUAUUGUGUAGCAUGUAUCAAACAGUGGUUGGUCCCUGGUCAGAUGUACUGUCCCCUCUGCAUGCAGCCAGUUGACGAUGACUUCCCCUUAGUUUCCUCAGAUGCCAUGAGGGUUCUCGUCAACCAACGUGCUCAAUUCAGGAAGCAGUGCAAUGCGUUCUUCAUAGACCUGGUGUCUACUGUGUGCUUCAAGGACAACUCUCCCCCCUGCUCAGCUGUCAUACUUAAUUUGCUGUCCUUUCUCAUGGUGGAGGCCAACGCUGUUCCCAUUCUCAAAGCUAAGCAACACAUUCUGACAAAGGUGCUCUCUCCUUUUGAUGACUCUGUGGAUAAAAAUCCAGUGGUUCGAUCAGUUGUGCUCAAACUCCUGCUGCAAUACAGCUUUGAUGAAGUCAAAGAUUACCUGCAGCAGCAUCUGACGGCAAUCGAGCAGAGCCACAUCUUGGAGGAGACGGACAAAACUGAACUCUACUGCCUGUACAUGAACUGCCUGGAGGAUUCCAUGUUUGAGAGGUUGCAGUUCAGGUCCAUUGCAGAUCAGCAGGUGUGUCUGCAAAAUGAAAGUGCCUUUCUGACGGACUACCUGCAAUCACAUGGUCGAUCCGCUGAAACAGCCACUGUAGAGUACCUGCAGCAGGUGGCCAGAGUGCGUAUGGACCUGGAUAUGGCUGCUAGCCUCAUCAUAGAAAAACUGAGAUCCAGUGAAUCCCAGGAAGGUGACCAAAGUGGCAACACAGCCUUCCUGACCAGUGUGGUGAACUUGUGUACGCGAAGUGGAAACGACUGGUAUCGCGUCUACUUGAUCCGCAAGAUCAGCAGCCAACAUGGAGUGGAGUCUGUCCUGAAACUCCUCAAAGGGAAUCAACUGCCCUGGCUCUUCCCGGAAGAAGCACUGCAAAACAGUAAGGAAGCGACCCCGAUAGACGUAUAUCUUGUCUGUGGAGAAGACUACAAGACUAUCAGAAAUGCUGUUGCAAAGGUGCUGAUGGAAGGCAAAGUGGACGGACUGGAUGAGGCGUGUGAGGGAUGCAGAUGCUUACCACAGUGGAAAACCGUUUAUCUUCUGCUGGCACUGUACAGAGAAGUCACCACUCUCUACAGAGGAGCCAAUGUUCUCCUCCAUCCAAAGCCUGCGCACAUAGAUUCCCUGACAUCCUACAUUCAGACCUCCAAAUUCCUUUGCAGCCCAGUGGUGAAGCCCUUUGCCACGGCUCUGCUGACCAACCAUCUUGGGCUGUUGGCUGUUCGUUCUGGGGCGUCUGCCGCUCAGUGUGUGUUGGCGGACUUAACUAUUCACCUGGCUGCUGUCUUGCUCUGUGGGAAUCAAGGGAUCUUGGGUCCCCUCCAACAACUCACCAGGGCACCUGCCAACAUGCAGGCCGCCUUCCUGCCCACCAUGCCGGAGGACAUUUUAGCAGUGGCUCAACAAGCACUGGGACCAUUGCAGUGGUACCAUUGUCCAAAUGGUCACCCCUGCACUAUCGGAGAGUGUGGUCAGCCCACGCAAACAAGUCAUUGUUUGGACUGUGGUGUUGUGAUUGGAGGAAACGACCACAUCCCUGUGCCAGGGUUUCAAGUUGUUCCAUUGCAGGGUGACCGUACCCAGACGGGCCACAUCCUUGGUGACCCAGGUCGUCGGGACAAUCCAGAUAUGCAGGACACAAAGGGUGUUUCCCCUUUUCCCUUCAACAUCGUGCGCAUGCUCACUCACAUGGCCAUGCUGCUUGGGGCCUGCAACCACCCACAGUUUAUCGCUGCCAUCAUCAAACCUCCAGUCUCUGACCCAGGAGCGUUUCUACUUGCACACUUGCGAAAGGACCUGCAACAUCUUAUCAGAUCUCUGGGCAAAGGGACAGACGACACCAUCAGCACUGUUCACCUGCUCAUCAGCAGCCUCCUGGAAACUCAUCAGCAACAAAAAUGGCCUGUUCCUUAUGACAAUCAGCUCUCCACCAAAGAGGCCAGGAACGAAUGGGAGCUCGAAAUGAGCAAUGCCAUCAUCAUACCUCAACUGAAGCACUUGGACAGACAGCUGAACGAAGUGAACAAGUUUGUCCGGACCGACUUUCGCGUCUCUGCCAAUCCAAUCAUGCGGCUCACGUUCGGCGAUCCUGGUCUCUUCUUGGCCUCACUUCCCCAAAAUUCUCUGAUCCAUGGUUCGGCAGUGUGGAGCUGCAGGGAGAAAGUUUCUCUGCUCACCCUCUCCCGUAUCGUAGAGCAGAACGACGGCAAGGACACCCUGCCUGUCCUCUGGAGAUUUCUGCACAGGGAAGCAGAGCUUCGACUUGUAAAGCACCUUCCUGAAAUCCUCGCACUCCAGAGGGAUCUGGUAAAGAAGUUUCAAAACAUCACUGAGCUGGCUUUUGGCACCAUUGCUGAAUUCCUCCACAGUCAGAAAGCAGUUUCGCUGAAAACCUGGUACGAGAAAUACAUCAAAAUCUUCUUGACAACCUGGAAUCAGCUCAGAGUGUCCUUGGCAACCAACGGCGAGAUUAAGAUCCCAGCCGAGUUCUGCGAGGAGGACCUGAACCGCAACAGUGACUUCAAGGUGCUGUUACCACGGCGACAAGGCCCGGGCCUGUGCUCCACAGCGCUCGUCAGCUACCUCAUCGGCCUACACAACGACCUGGUGUACUGUGUGGAUAAACACACUGGAGAGGAGACCAGCUACAAAGUGAGCCCUGCAGAUCUGACCGACCUGCAUGUGAUUCGGUAUGAGCUGGAGAGGGACCUCAUGCCCCUGGUUCUCUCCAACACCCAGUACAGCAUCGAGAGAGGCCAGGAGACGGUUCACGAGUACGACCUGCCCAAGAUCCAGCUGCGGCUUGUGUCCCGCUUCUUGCUGGGCAAACCUCUCAUCACUCUCAACGGUAUUCCAACACUGGUGAACAGACAUGAACGCAACUAUGAGAUUAUCCUGAAGGACGUAAAAACUAAAGUAAAGCAAGAGCCUCUUCAGACUCUCACCCUGUUGGCUGUGGCGGGCGAGCUGCACUCGUACAGUGAGGUGUUCGAGGCUUUGUCCACUCUGGAGGUGGCCCUCGGUUUUCUUGCCAUGACUGGGGGAGAACCACACAUGCAGCUGUCCUGCUACCUGGAGGAGGUUCUGCAGAUGGGGAGCCAGAUGGCUCCGCACAUCCUCAAGGCCCUGAGCAUGUGCUUUCUAAAGCAAUGUGUGGCGCUGUGGCAGCUGCUGGCCUCACUCAAAUCAGAAAAUAUGCUGCGGCUGAAGAGGGAUCCAUUUGUGGGAGUCUCGGAAAAGUACAAACAGGCUCUGGGUGAGGACGAGCACAGGCUCCUGACCGGCUUCUUUUCCAAGAGCAGCGCUGACACAUUCCUACUGGAGAUGCACGAGUUCCUGGUGCUGGUUCUUAAAAACCCCGACGCACCUGAUACCUACAGGCCGAACUGGGGGUUAAAGGUCACCCUGCUGUCUUACAUGGAGCGGAAAGACCUGGACGCUCCCCCGGAUGUGGAGGAGCUCUUCCCGGAUGAGAUCUGCCUGUCUCACUACGUCGAAGCCUGGAAGUUCAUUGUCGCCUUCAAGCAGGAGUGUGGCCAGAGGCAGUGAAGUCGAGCCGAGAGGCGUCGACCUCGUUUCUUUUAGUACUCAUGAAAAACGUUUCCAAUCAUGGUGGUGUUGGAGAGGAAUGACUGUGCGAUAUAUUCAGUAUUUAACGCACAUUCAUGCAGAGAUGUGCCUUUUGUAAGAGCACUAAUAUUUACAUUUCUAGUGCCACAGAAUGAGUAUAUAUUUCACAUUAACAGCUCGCCUAUAUGUUUAAUUUUUCCUUUUUGAUUAUCUUGUUUUGUAUUAUCUUCUAUUUUCCAAUGCAUCAACGUACACAGAGAUUCUGUACAGUUGGAGAGUUUCUUUGCCUUUGCACUUUACACACUUGUACUGUGAAUGUGUCUGUCUGGAUCACCAGAAAAAAAAUUCGAAUUCUACUCAGGUACAAAAUAUUUUUGUCAUUUCUAUUAGUUUAUUGUGUCAUUGUGUAGUUGUGUUAUGUUGGGUCAUAUGUAAACGUUGCACUCACUUUUCCUCCACUUUUCAAAUUUGCUGGCUUAAAAGAGUAUUGAAUAUACAUUCCGAUUUAGAUUUUUGCUCGUUUACAUUUGUCUGACACUUAAUAAAUGAUGAGCAUCCUUAAAAAAACAAGGCUUUUAAAUAGAUAUUUCUUACAAUAAAGCCUUAAUGUCAACCUUG